GGGUUUCUUCCUGUUUUCAGUCGUUCACAGCCUCUCUGCAAUCGUUUUCUCCUGCGUACAUUUUGGUUGAGACAGAAAGAGCGAGAAGGAAAAAUGGCGGAUUCGUUGGUCUUACGAGGCACCAUGAGAGCCCAUACCGACUGGGUUACCGCAAUCGCCACCCCAAUCGAUAACUCCGACAUGAUCGUCACCUCUUCUCGCGACAAAUCUAUAAUCGUUUGGCGCCUUACAAAAGAAGACAAAACCUACGGUGUUGCCCAACGCCGUCUCACAGGUCACUCUCAUUUCGUUCAAGAUGUUGUCCUCUCCUCUGACGGUCAGUUCGCUUUAUCCGGAUCAUGGGACGGCGAGCUCCGUCUGUGGGACCUCAACGCUGGAACCACCGCACGACGCUUCGUAGGCCACACCAAGGACGUCCUCUCCGUCGCCUUCUCCAUUGACAACCGUCAGAUUGUCUCGGCAUCGCGGGACAAGUCGAUUAAACUCUGGAACACUCUCGGCGAGUGCAAAUACACAAUUCAAGACGGUGACGCACACAACGAUUGGGUUAGCUGUGUUCGCUUCAGCCCUAACACGUUGCAGCCAACAAUCGUUUCAGCUUCUUGGGAUAAGACGGUGAAGAUCUGGAACCUCACUAAUUGCAAGCUCAGGUCAACUUUAGCUGGACACGGCGGGUAUGUCAAUACCGUCGCUGUAUCUCCUGAUGGUUCGUUGUGUGCCAGUGGUGGUAAAGAUGGGAUGAUCUUGCUGUGGGAUUUGGCAGAGGGAAAGAGAUUGUACUCUCUAGAGUCCUCUUCCAUCAUCCAUGCUCUUUGUUUCAGCCCGAACAGGUAUUGGCUCUGCGCAGCCACAGAGAGCAGCAUUAAGAUCUGGGAUUUGGAGAGCAAGAGCAUUGUUGUCGAUCUUAAGGUCGAUCUCAAGCAGGAGUCUGAAAUGGCUGCCGAAGGCACAACCACUCAAACUAAUGCUGGGAAAACUAAGGUUAUCUACUGUACAAGUUUGAGCUGGAGUGCAGAUGGAAGCACUUUGUUCAGUGGAUAUACUGAUGGAGUUGUUAGAGUGUGGGGAAUUGGACGCUACUAGAAACAAUUCAGGAAGAGGGAUAUGAUGAUGCUUUUACAAUGCCAGCUGUUUUAAGCUGUGUAGGUCUCAUUUUUAAUAUUUUGGAUAUUUGCUUGAUUUUUUUUGAGUUUUUAUCGGUUAAGGAAGUUUUAGCUCUGGAGACCAUCUUGAUUGAGUUUGCUUUUGCUUUUAAGAAAUAUGUCUUCUUUUUCAUAAACUGCUUGUGAUAUUGAUUUCUGUUAUGUAGAGCAAAUAGAAACUAUUGAUUUUA